CGCCCGCCAAUUUACUCGCCCGUCACUUACUCAACUGUCUCCCCAUAGUUACUCGCCUCCGCUUCUGACUUAUUCACUAUCCGCUCUCUUAUCGCUAUCUCCAUGACGCCAACAGACCAACUCACCUCGCACGAAAAGAAGCGGCUACGCGACCGCCGCGCCCAGAGGGCUCUACGCCAAAAACGCGAACGGCAGCUCAGGAUGCUAGAAGAGCGCGUCGCAUAUUGCGAGAAGAAUCACCAGCAGGAUGCGCAACAGGGCCAGGAACCAGGCCAGCAAAAUGGGUCGCAGCAGGAACAGCAACAGCAUCAACACCAUUAUCAGCAACGUCUCUUGGAUAUUAUCCAAGCUCUGCAGAAGGAAAACCGCAUUCUGCGAUCCCGCCAGAAAGGAUUGACCGAACUGGUAAAUUCAUGGCAAGAUACUUCUCUCCCUGCAACCGACAAUCCACAGACUCCAUCAUCCAACCCAUCAUGCCCCGAUCCUUCAGCUGCGGAUAUCCUAUUAAGGGGUACCUCGAAGGACCCUCUGAUCGAUAGAAACAUGGCAGCAAAUUCCGCUGAAGUUCAACCUCCAUUGCCACCGCAAUCGACACUGAAAUAUUUGGAUUCCCCGGAGUCCAUCCAGUUUCAUUAUCCGGACCCGGUAGAGACUAGAAUAGCAACAGCCAUACCUUCAUCUGCAGGCCUUGAGCUGGCUCCAUUUGCAGUCCCUGAAGCAGCUACCAUUCCCCUAGAACAACCCAUCACUCCACAUUCCAGCACUGCCAGCUCCGUCAGCCUAGACCCCACAUCUCCUUCGUCCCUCUCGGCAUCGCUCUCUGCCCUCCCCUUGCCGCUAGCAGCUCUCCCAGCCUUCGUUCCAGCCUGGACUCUCACUCCACCGGUCGACGUAUACAGCGCGAACAUCGACUCCGCCAUGUGUCCAUGGCUGAAACGCCCCGAUCUCGUCGUCUUGUGCCCCAACAUCCCCAACGCCCUGGACCUCCUACACGGUACACGCCGCAAUUUCCUCGCAAACAGCAUCCAGUGGAUGCUACGCGGUAGCAACUGCCACGAACCCGAAAUCCUAGCUAUGGGCUGGUUGAUCUACCUCUACUCGAAAUGGCUAGUGUCACCCAGUCCUGAAACCUACGCAAAUCUGCCCCCCUUCAUGCGUCCCGUUCUCGGCCAGCUGCAGAAAGCUCAUCCCAGCUGCUGUGACCAGAUCUGCUUUCCGCGAUUACGGCUUAACUUCAUCCACCGUGUCCCGCGGGAAAAAUUGCUGGAGCCCGUCGGAUUUCUCCCGUGCUGUCUUAAGGUGCGCUGGAAGUGGGGGGAGAAUAUACUCGAACGGGACCAUGACGAUUCUCUACGGGUUCGACAGGAGUUCUAUAAUACCUUUACCUCGGAAAAUGGAUGGGGGUUAACGUCGAUGUUCAUUGAUAAGUUCCCGGAUAUUGUCGCGGGGAUGGAUAUCCCGUCCGUUCUGUAUAGGCCUACCUAGCAGCUGGGCUGCUCAUUUUUAAAUUGCUGUUUCAAUGGAGAAUCCUGGUGGUUUUCUUUGUAUUUCACAAGGCAUAUGGUGUUAGCGAUUGUUGCCGUCUCUAUUGCUCCACGAGUCCCGUUGAGGUGUUGGCAAGAGCAGGUGGACGUUUAUCUAUGCUUCCUGGACUGUUUUCUCAUGGUUCUGUUUGGUGCUGUCUAUUGUCGAUAUAGGUUCCCGGUUCUACCUAUGGUUAGAGGCUCUUAUUUUCUGUGCUUGGCCUAUAUUUUUAAUGAAUAUUCU